AAUGCUCGAGGAGGUUUCUACCUUAUAUCCAUUGUGAGGGAAUCUAUGAUUCUCUUAAACCUGAACAUAUUUAAUCUGAAGCAUCUUUGCUGUCCAAACUGAGUAUUUGUGUUAACACCAGAGCACUUAAGAGAACAGAUAUGAACCGUAUAUGGGUGUUAUGUGAUUUAACAAAUUAUAUAUAUGAAAGAAAUCAUGAUAAAAUACUGCAACUAUCACAGAACGGUAUUUUAUAAAUGUAGGCUAUUGAGAGAACAGUGAAGAAAAAAGUUUGACUCCCUUCUCUGAUGAUCCUCAGCCAAUCUAAAAGGUCUGACGAAACGGUUGUUUGAUUGUGUGUGUUUGUCUGUGUGUGUAUUAAUAAACACAGUGUAUGCACAGCUGUGACUGAAAAAGCGCUUAUCAUGGUAAAAGUGUUCCACCAGCCUGAAGCAGCUUGAAUUUUCUCACCUUGAAUGAGACUAUCAAACAGUAACACUUGUUGUUUUUCCCAUUCGCUCAGCCAGCUGACGUUUGGAGACUACAGUAUAUAAGAUCUCCACCCCUGUGCCUGUGCAGACCUAUAACUCGAGAAUGAGGGUUGCUUUUGGUUUGCUGGUGUUGCUGCUAGGCCUGUGUGGGUCCGGGGCUCAGGGGGAGAGUGGAGGCCUCGGUGAGGAGGGGGAGAGCAGCGAGCUUCAGGAAGAAUGGACCCAGCAGACCACAAACACAACCUCGCCUGACAUCUGGGUGGAAAUGAAGGAACUGAGAGACAUGGUGGUGGAGCUCAAGGUGUACGUGCAGAUGCUGCAAAAAGAUACCUCAGAGAUGGCGGGAAGACUGACCAGCAGUGAGAGGGAACUUCUUGAUAGCAAGAAAAGGAUUGACAAGCUGGAGAAUUUAAAUACAGGUGAAGAUUCGAACACGAAGGUGGCCUUUUACACAGCUCUGACUGAUGCAGGAUAUGUCGGCCCAUUCACCACGGACACCACACUGAAAUUCAGCAAGGUCUUCACCAACAUUGGCAUUGCUUACAAUGCAGAUACAGGUUUCUUCAAAGCACCAGUCAAAGGAGUCUACUACUUCCAGUUCACUGUGUGUGGUCACCACACAGGUCUUAUGGGUGUAUAUGUGUACAAGAACAACCAGAAGAUUAUGUUCAAUGUGGAGUGGAAGGAAGAUCAACUUUAUAAGUAUUUCACUAACUCUGUUAUCUUGGAGUUGAUGGCAGGAGAUGAAAUUCACCUGGCUCUCCCGGCUACCCACGUCCUGUAUGACGACGGCAGUAACCAGAGCACCUUCAGUGGAGCUCUUCUCUUCCCACUGUGAGGAUGUUGUUAUUUAGGCUGCUGAGUAUUUGAUUUGUCACCAACUCUGAUUGUAUUGAUACACUUUGAUUCUUAAGAUGCUACUCUUAAGAUUCUGAUGUAGUUCUACAAUUGUUUGUACACGUAUCAAAUAUGUUAUUCUGAAUCUGAUGUUCCUCUUGUUUCAUCACAUACAGUACAGUAACAGCAAUAUUCAAAUAAAUAAAAGAGUAAUUUA